AAAGAGGGCGCGCAGCAGAACUUCGGAGCGUCGUUGCUGCUGUCGCUGAGUUUUCUUUUGAAAAUUCCGUCUUAUUUUCUAAUCUUCAAUCGAUUUUAACUGUCGACUAAUAAUCUCUAAAAGUUGUGAAGAUGAGUAAUGAAGGUUCACGUGAAGAGUCUCGAGAGCCCGAAGCAAGAGAGGGAAAGUCUGACGAGAUUUUUGAAGUUGAGAAGAUUCUUGCUCAUAAAGUUACAGAUAAUCUGCUAGUGCUUCAAGUUCGUUGGUUGGGUUAUGGCGCCGACGAGGAUACCUGGGAACCCGAAGAAGAUCUGCAAGAGUGUGCCAGCGAAGUUGUUGCAGAGUACUACAAAAAAUUGAAAGUCACUGACAAAACAGAGCUUAUUGAACUUCUUCAAAAGCAAAUAAAAAAGAACAAAUCGCAAAAAUCAAAAAAGCGAUCGAAGACGGUUAGUGACCAUGAGUCUAACCAUGACAGCGACGGUAGCUACGGUACUCCGAAGACAUCGAAGAAAAGUAAAAAAUCUGCUAAAAACGAAACUCCUGUAUCAUCAAAAGUUCCAAAAGUCCCAACGAAAGCUGCACUCAAGUCAUACGAAGCAACGGUUUCUGGUCCAGUAGCUCCAAACAAUGCGAAGAAAGCUGCAAUGGAAGUUCGUGAUACCCGAAGAAAUUGGCUUGAUGAAGAAUCUUCCGAUGACGAGGCAGAAACUACGGCGCCACUCAGUGAUGUUGAGAAAAUAGCGAGCAAAGUAAAAGUAGUGAAGGCAGUUGAGGAAAAAGCAGAAGAACCUGUCAAGCGACCAUCUACACCACCAAAGCCAAGAGAGGUCGUUAUAAAGAAAGACCCAAGCGAAAGUCCAGUUGCCAGCGCAUCUUCAGUUAUCCCAACGUCUAAGAGAAAGUCUAUAAAUGCGGAAACAUCAAAUGGCCGUCAAAGAACUCUUGCUCCCCCAGUCAUUGUGAAAGAUGAAACAACCUGGACUGUUGAUGGUAUUGCUCGUCACACUGAUGUCGACAACACUAAAACGAAGCUGAUACUGAUGACCAACUCCGCCACUGGUGAACGAAAAGUCGUCGAAGGAAGAGAGGCAUUCGAACUUGAUGGUUGGGCUCUCGCCAAGUAUCUCCUCGAUCGUUGUGAAUUUUGAAUUUCGAGUUUUGUUAAUUUCGUUAAGCUUUCGAUUUUUUAUUUUUUGUCUCAUUUCAUACUACAGUUCAAAGCAUAUCUAUCUCUCUCCCUGUUUCUAUCAUUCAUUCUCCUUCCAUACGAUUUAAACGACUCCUUUAUUUAUUUCGUUACUAUCAACUCUGUUUCAUCGAAUUCAUCUUUUUUCUUCUAACAUUCCAUAACUUUUCUGUUGAAGAAUCUCUUUUCAAAAUGUUGAUUCAUCUAAUGAAUAUAUCUUUUUGAAAGUUC